ACAGCAAGGACUGCAUUGCUUGACGCCAGAGGAAAACAUGCAGAGCAUGAGCUCCCCAGGAGGCCGAGUCCUCUCCGAGGAGCAGUUCUGCUGCUCCAUCUGCCUGGAGGUGUUCGUGGAGCCCGUCUCCACUCCCUGCGGCCACAGCUUCUGCAAGGCCUGCCUGCAGGGCUACUGGAACCACAGCAAGAAGUUCCUGUGCCCCAUGUGCAAGAAGAGCUACAGCAGAAAGCCCGAGAUGAGCGUCAACCGGGUCCUGGCUGAGAUUUCCUCCCAGUUCCAGGGGCUGAUGCAGUCUGGAGGAGCCUCCAGGGGAUCCACGCUGAACGUGAGCUCGGAUGCGGGACACAGCAGCUCUUCAGGGCCGGAUACGGGAGAGUUCGCUCGGCCCGGAGACGUUCCCUGUGACGCCUGCAUUGGGAGGAAGUUAAAGGCGCUGAAAUCGUGUGUGAACUGCCCCGGGUCAUUCUGUGAAGCCCACCUCCGGCAUCACAAGAAGGUCAAGACCCUGACGUCUCAUCGUCUGAUCGAACCCACGUUCCACCUGGAGGAGAAGAUCUGUAAGAAACACGAACGCCUUCUGGAAGUCUACUGCCGCACCGACCACGUCUGCAUCUGCACCGCCUGCGCCGAGGCCGGACACAAAUCCCACGACAUCGUCUCCGUCGACCACGAGUUUAAGAAGAAGAUGAAUAAUGUGGGAAAGAAGAGGUCAGAGCUGAAACAUCUGAUCAAGGAGAGAGCCAAGAAGCUGGAGGAGAUCAAACAAUCCAUCAAGGUCAUCAAGGCCAGCGCUCAGAAAGAGCUGGAGGAGAGCUGGCAGGUCUACGCCGAGCUGCAGCGCCUGGUGGAGCAGAGUCAGGCCGAGCUGGUGGAGCUGAUCGCCACGAGGCAGCGCGAGGCCGAACGUCACGCCCAGGAGCUGGCCAGAGGUCUGGAGAACGAGCUGAGCCAGCUGAGGAGGAGGAGCAGCGAGCUGGAGGCCCACGCUCAGACCCAGGACAAAGUGCUCUUCCUUCAGACGGCGCUUUCAGCCCCACCCGAGCCCACCGAUUGGUCAGCGGUCAGCGUCAACACUGACCUCUACCUGGGAACCAUCCGCUCCUCCGUCAGCAGCCUCAUCGACAAGUUCCAGGAGGAGCUCAAGAGGCUGUACGGGAAAGAGCUCCGAAAAGUGCAGAACUACUCGAGUGAGGUGAUUCUGGAUCCCUCCACAGCCCAGAAGAACCUGGUUGUGUCUGAUGAUGGUCAGCAGGUGAGAUACGAAGAGCGUAAGACCUCCCACUCUGAGGGUCCCAAGCGCUUCAGCCCGGCCCUCUUCGUCCUGGGCAGGGAGGGUCUGAGCUCCGGGCGACACUACUGGGAGGUGGACGUGGGCCGCAAGAUAGCCUGGACGCUGGGAGUGGCCCGAGCUUCAGCCCGCCGCAAGGGGGAGAUCCGGCUGAGUCCUGAUGGGGGGUACUGGUGCCUGUGGCUGAAGGGCGGCGAGGUGAAAGCUCUGGCUGCCUCCCGCCUGCCCCUCAUGCUGCCGUCCCAACCCAGCAAAGUGGGAGUCUUCCUGGAUUACGAAGCGGGCCAGAUCUCCUUCUACGACGUGAAGGCCCGUCUGCAUCUCUACACGUUCAUGGAUACGUUCAGCGAGAGCAUCUAUCCAAUCUUCAGCCCCUGCCUCACCCAGGAGGGGAAGAACGCCUCCCCUCUGGUCAUCAGCCACGUUAAACACAGCUGAAGCAGUCAGUGAACGUUUAGAACAUCUCAUGAGGUCUGAUGGAAGCACAGACAGUCCUAACUUGUCUUGAGAGAUGAUACUUUUCUCCUGAGUGAACCAGUUUGAGGACGUUUUUUACAUGUUUGCGAAGCAUUUUACCUCAAAUUACAACCACAUCACAUCAAAACAAAUCACUUUGCACUCACUGCAACACUUCCUCAUGAUGCUAGGAGAUGCUAUGUUUGCUGAAAUAAAAGCUUUAAUGACGUGUUUUUGCAGUCUGGUUACUCAGAUGUAGCCAACAGUUGUACAUACAGUAAACAAGAAGGAUCUUAUCGUGUAAAAAUAUGUGAAUUCUUCCAAAGGCCACAUUGAAGCUCAUGUUUUUACUGUUAGUGUCGCUCCCGGUUCAGCUGGACGUUUAAACAAAGCUGCACCUCUGGCACUUUCCUUACUGUGUAAGUCUUAUUUAACUGCAACUAGAAGGCUUUGGACACUUUACAUAUUAAAGCAAUGAAGUUAAUAGAUGUAAAUUUUAUGCCCAGAGGCUUGAAAUGAAGAUUUUUAGAUGUUUGUAAUGGGCAUUAUUUUUAAACAAGGAUUGUUUAAGGGCCAUGAACUCUGUUCUGUAUUUUUUAUAUUGAAUAAUUGCCUUUGUACCAUCUUUCUGAACUUGUCCAAUAAAGAUGAUCAGACACAAAA